AUGUUUAAAUUUAGAGAAGCUAAAGUAAUUCGUGAUCCGCAGACACUGAAAUCUAAAGGCUACGGUUUUGUUUCAUUUCCAGUUAAGGAGAAUGCUGAAAAAGCAAUAGAAAGUAUGAAUGGUCAAAUGAUCGGUCGUCGUCAGAUACGUACAAAUUGGGCAACCAGAAAACCGAAUCCCAGCGAAGAUGGUUCAGUAAAAGAACAAAGUUUUGAUGAAAUAUUUAAUGCUACGCAAGCAAAUAACACCUCAGUUUAUGUCGGUAAUAUCAGCCCCACUUGUACAGAUAACGAUCUACGUGAAGCUUUUUCCGCAUGCGGUACCAUAAAUGAAAUUCGAGUUUUCAAGCAACAGGGUUACGGAUUUGUACGAUUUUCCAACAAAGAAGAAGCAGCCAAAGCAAUUAUGAUGAUGAAUGCCAAGGAAUUGAAGGGACAAGUUUUGCGAUGUAGUUGGGGUCGUAAUCCUACCGAACAUAACGUUAGCUGUUUUCUUUUAUUCUGUAAAAAGAAUUUGGUACUUUUUGCUGUUUUUUUACUUUAA